CGCCGCAGCCCCGGGAGCCUGGUCGUCGGGGCCGCGACUUCCCGGAGACCGCUCUGCGCCGUCUGCAGCCUCGCCGCCCGCGCGCAGGGUGGUGCCAUGUGGGGCGGACGCCGCUCGCCCGCCGCUUCCCCUCGGAACGCCGCUUCGCUCCUGCAGCUGCUGUUGGCCGCGCUCCUGGCGGCGGGGGCGCGGGCCAGCGGCGAGUACUGCCACGGCUGGCUGGACGCGCAGGGCGUCUGGCGCAUCGGCUUCCAGUGCCCCGAGCGCUUCGACGGCGGCGACGCCACCAUCUGCUGCGGCAGCUGCGCGCUGCGCUACUGCUGCUCCAGCGCCGAGGCGCGCCUGGACCAGGGCGGCUGCGACAACGACCGCCAGCAGGGCGCCGGCGAGCCUGGCCGGGCGGACAAAGACGGCCCAGACGGCUCGGCAGUCCCCAUCUACGUACCGUUCCUCAUCGUUGGGUCCGUCUUCGUCGCCUUCAUCAUCUUGGGGUCACUGGUGGCAGCGUGUUGCUGCAGGUGUCUCCGGCCAAAGCAGGAGCCCCAGCAGAGCCGCGCCCCCGGAGGGAGCCGCCUGAUGGAGACCAUCCCCAUGAUCCCCAGUGCCAGCACCUCGCGAGGGUCGUCCUCCCGCCAGUCCAGCACGGCUGCCAGCUCCAGCUCCAGCGCCAACUCGGGGGCCCGGGCGCCCCCAACGAGGUCACAGACCAACUGUUGCUUGCCCGAGGGGACCAUGAACAACGUGUAUGUCAACAUGCCCACAAAUUUCUCCGUGCUGAACUGUCAGCAGGCCACCCAGAUCGUGCCCCAUCAAGGGCAGUUCCUGCACCCCCCCUACGUGGGGUACGCGGUGCAGCACGACUCGGGGCCUAUGACUCCUGUGCCCCCCUUCCUGGACAGCCUGCAGACGGGCUACCGGAAGAUCCAAGCCCCCUUCCCCCACACCAACAGCGAGCAGAAGAUGUACCCAGCUGUGACCGUGUAGCUCAGGGUGCCCGCCGGGUUCCUGCACGGGACAGGAGCACGGGGAGGCCGGGGAUGCGGGAAGAGUUCUCUAAGUGGAAGUCCGCCCGUGUGGCUGGUGUG